CAGCUAAUCGAGGCGUAUCAGCAAAAAAUUUUUUGUCUACACUAAGCAAGAUACAUUGCGAACAAAUGUCGAGUAAUCAAGUUUUAAGUUCAAAACCCGCGCAAAACCAAGACAGUAAGCUUCAGAAACGAGUCAUGACGCUUAGGGUAUGUCCACAGUUAACAACCUUCGUGGUUCUCAUGCUUGCUCUCAGCCUGUCCUCAAGAAUAUCUGAAGAAGUUCGACGAGGAAGCAUUCUUUCUACAGUAACAAGGUUUACGCAUCUUUUCGCGUUUGGAACGUGGUUGGGAAUACAGUUUUGGGCGACGUUUAUCGCUGGAGUGACAAUGUACUUCAACAUGGGAAGACAUGCUUUUGGUGAAUUGCAAAGUAAACUUUUUCCAAAAUACUUUUUUUCUGGGGCAUGUUUGACUGCUAUUACCUUGGCCACGUACUGCUUGAUACAUCCUAUACAGCACUGGGAAGGAAAAGAUAAGAUUCAGUCUUUAGGGCUUUUGGUUUCCUUGAUUUGCUGCAUGAUGAACUACAUGUACCUCGAACCAACCACAACACGACUGAUGGACAAAAGGUACGCAUUUGAGAAGGAGCGAGGGUAUGGCCAGGAAAUUGGUCCCAUUCCUGACAACAAGCUCAAGAACGACGAAGAAUACCUUAAAAUAACCAAAUCAUUCGCUUGUGUUCAUGGGUUUUCGUCAAUGGCAAAUCUCAUGUCAUACGCUGGCUGCUUAUUACACCUGUGGUACCUAGCAACACAAGUGACUAUGUGAUUGACAAGAUCAUUAGCCAAUAAUAGCCCUCUAUACUGUAGAUUUGCUUGUCGUUGAAAAUGCUUUAUAGAAUGUCAUUGGUAGGCCAGCUUAUAUAAUCUGCAAAUAAGGCUGCGAGGUUUGAGGUGGUGAGAUACCAGAAGAUGAAAACUGUGGUUUAUGUAUAAUGGUUGAAAGAUGCUUGCAACGAUAAAUAAUUGGGAUGAAGAGACACAAGAGACGCUUUUACUUAAGAGCACAGAAGCUUACCGUCUUGACCGGAAGCAAGCAAAAACAAAUAUCAUCGAUGGAAGUUUUAAAAGAAUUGCGACUUCGUUGGAAAAAGAAUCUGGAAACAUGGCUGCAAAGAUGACUGAUGUAAUAACCUCAAACCUUAUGAUAUUUGCAAUAUAAAAUAAUCACUGACGACUGGACUCUGGAUUACUUGAUAAACGGACUUCAAUUUUUUAGUCAAGUUUAUCUUAAUUUUUGGUGUGUGCGUGUGUGUGUGUGUUGAUCGAAGUAAGCAGACACUUGUUAUUUUAGGGACAGGCAGGUGUGAAGGCCAAGCGCGUAAAUAAAGUCUUGGUUUUUGGGUGGAUAUCUUGGGGACCUUUCAAAUUUAUUAUCAAUACCUUUUAAGGGGGGGGGGGGGGAUUUUUUCCAAACCCUGAAAGAACCUCUGGGCUGAUCUAAGUCAGGGCAAGGAUCAAAUUGAAAUUGGGAAAUAAUUGGGGGGAAAUCAUGAAGAUAUUGUGGUGCAAAUUUGUUUGGAGGGGAUACAUUUUUCAGAAAGAAAGUUUACCACGAGGGUUUUACUUGGAGUGUUGAAGAGAGAGAUCAUGGACACUUGACAGCAAUUUGACUAACAAAGCAAACUACGUAUUUAAUCUUUCGGUUAUUUAAGAAAAAGCAAUAUCACUGAUUAUAUAUGAAUGCAUAGCACUGGUGCUUAAAACAUAUUGUAUCUGUUCUAUCUGUAAGCCGAAAAGAAGAGUAACGUCAUUAAAGAUUAGCAUUAUUGAGCAAAGCUGUAGAAAUCCAAGAGAAAAAUAAAAAUAUUGUCUUGUC